CGCAAUGACAUCCACGGUGUCUAAUGGCUGAACAACAACAACUAUCAGCGGGCAACAAACUUUCCCUAAACUUCCCCGGACUAAAAAGAAAGUUGGAAUUAGCAAAAUACCGCCGUAGUAUUUCAGCUUAGGUUUGUUCAUAUGUUAUUUUUGUUGUCAUAAAUGUGGAAUUACUGAUGGAUCCAAGAUAUGACAUCCCGCGGAGGGCCGCCGCCGGUGGUGUUAGUGGUGGCAGCGGAGGCUCCACGAAUUCGUCCCCCGCUCUGGGGGCUCAGUCCCGCCGCAGGAAGAUGCCUCCCCGACCCGCUGACUUCAAGCUCCAGAUUAUAAUUAUUGGCUCCCGUGGAGUUGGUAAAACCAGCCUCAUGGAGAGGUUUACUGACGAUACUUUCUGCGAGUCAUGCAAGUCGACCGUAGGUGUUGACUUCAAAAUCAAGACAGUUGAGUUACGAGGGAAGAAGAUCAGACUCCAGAUAUGGGACACUGCAGGCCAGGAGAGGUUUAACAGCAUCACGUCAGCCUACUACAGAGGAGCCAAGGGAAUCGUGCUGGUUUAUGAUAUUACCAAACAGGAGACUUUUGAAGACCUUCCUAAAUGGAUGAAGAUGAUAGACAAGUACGCCUCAGAGGAAGCAGAGCUUCUGCUAGUUGGGAACAAGCUGGACUGUGAGACUGAUCGGAUCAUCUCAAGACAACAAGGAGAGAGGUUUGCCUCUCGAAUAAGUGGAAUGCGCUACUGCGAAGCCAGUGCCAAGGAUAAUUUUAAUGUGGACGAGAUUUUCCUCAAGCUUGUUGAUGACAUCCUCAGCAAGAUGCCUCUUGAAGUUCCCAACAAGGAGCUCUCCAACAGCAUCCUGUCUCUGCAGCCUGAACCUGAAGUGCCACCGGAGUUGCCCCCUCCUCGCAUGCGCUGUUGCUGAGACUCAGUGUGUGGAAGCAACCCCCACCCCCCAUCACCUUUCUUACACAAGCAGACACUCUCUGAAACAUGCAGCGCACCAAUGUGGCCACAUGGGGGCAGCACACAGCAGCACUUCAGAAUGGUUGACUGCUGCUGUAAUGAUGCAUGAAACAAGCAGUAUUAUCAUUUCUCUGUUGCUUCCUCUCCUGCGUUGCUGAACACAAUGACCUGCAGCACACUAACACUUAGGCCUGGAGGAUCUUCCUCUUCCUACCACCUUUCUGUCUACACGUGACCCAGACUACCUCAUUGUUUGGAUGGUUAAACUAGGUAUGUCUUCCAGGUAGAGAACCUUCUGGACACCUUCCUCAGAGAAGUAAUCACUGGAGGCCUCACAGCUUUUCUCCUGUUUUUCUUUUGACGUCUCUCCCUAAGUUUAAGAUCGUCCGAGUCGCUCCGAGGCUGUCUUUGCAUUUUCAGACUUGCAGACAAAGGGACUACUUCCCACAUCUCUCUAGCUCAGUUCAAACUCUGUGUCUCCAGGUACAGUAGUCUCUUUUUUAACUUAUUAUGUAUUUUUACUAAGUGACAGAUUGACUUAAAGUGAAUUAAAACACCUGGGGUUUAAAUAUAGUAUGUUGCUGUAAUGACUGGACAAGGUGCAGAUAUUUUUGGCAAGCAGUAGGUUGUUAGUCCUCAAUUUAUGUUACUUUAACUUGGAAGUAUUAAAGUGGCUGGAAGAUGGCAAUUAAAUUUCUAUAAAUUGUAAAGUUUUGCACUACUACCAGAUUCCCUUUGUAAACUGACAUGCAGAAAAACAAUGGACAGAAGUUGUAGUUUAGGUCUAAUAAAAAUCAAGCUGCCUCAGCAGUGGCUACUCUCUGAAUGUGGGAUGUAGUUGCAAGGGCAUUUGGGUAAUGUAGUCUUGGAUCUAUUUGUGUUGAGCAGGGUAAUUCUCUGUGUGUGACGUCGGCUAAUCCGACGGUAAUAAAGACAGUAAUACCGCCAGCACGCAAACAUGGUUUCUUUCAUCCUUUCUUGUUACUAAUACGUCUUCAUUGUUUGUUUGUUGUUGUUUUUUCCUUCUGAAUUCAUAGACAGCAGAGAGAAGAAAAAAGUUGGAACUGUUGAAGGUGACUUGCUUAGUGUUUGUAUGACUCAGGAAACUUUGAUUGGCUCAGAGCUGCACAGUAUGGAUUUGCUUUUGAAUUGUAAUGAGUUAAAGUCCCAUUACGUUAGAUGUUGUGGCAUCUAAUGGUGAAGUUGGAAACUGCAUCUAGGUAAAAUUUCUAUUACCACAUGUAGACCACUAAUUAUCUUGCAUUUCUUCCACUUUUUUGGAUUAGGAGCUUGUUGGAAUUCAGACUUUGGGUGUUCACUUUUUUUUUAAAUAGAAAUGUAAGCUUUAUUUUGAAAUGAUUGCAGAAAUAGUAGUGGAGCGCUGUAAUUGUGCACAAAUAACGGUUUUUUUUUUUCUUUAGUUUUCAUAAAAAAGAAGCCCAUUAAAAAGAACCUGAUUUAACAUUAUUGAACAUUUUAACUGAAGGUGCUUUUUGCUUUUGUAGAAAAAAAAACAUAUUUUAUUAGGUUAUCAGACAAACACAAGAUUCACAAGCGUAUUGGUGGGAUCACCCAAGCACAUUUUAGCAAUAGGACUGUCCAUCAGAAGACCCUUUGUGCAGAAAUUAUCUGGAAAAUUGGGAUUUUUUUAUCACGUGUUCGGAAGUGUGAGCAUUUUUUCAAAUAGUGGUGUUUGUUUGGGAAUGAAACCUUUUUCCCCUUGACAUUUUGGCACUAACCCUGUUGACUUUCUUCUAAUAACCAAGCCUUUUACUAUUCUGUGGUUUUUAACUAUACAUUUAAAGAAUUGCAUUUUAUUUGCAAUGUGUAUUCUUUAUGAUGAAUGUCUGUUAUUAUGUGUUAAACCAGUCUCCAAGAGGUUUAAAGCAGUAUGCUGUAUUUAUAACUUGUGGCAUUCUUGAACUAAUGAAAUGCAAUUAAAGAUGUCUAUAUUUAUUA